AUGGUCUGGGAAACUCCUCGGGGUGCUCCUCUGCAUCCUGAUGGCGUUGGAUAUAGAGUCCUAUUGAGGUUUAAGUUUUACCUCAGGGAUAUAUAUAGGGUUGAUAUACUCCUCGAUGAGAAGCAAGAAUCUACAUUCACACAAUACACGUUAAAGGAGAGGCAGAUAGCACCAGAAGACAAGGAACAGGGUGAAGUAGGAGACAGAAGCACAGAACAGGUAAUACAGAGUAUUGAUGUUAUAGUGUCAGUGGUGGGACUGGGCAGCAUGAGUGAGAGGAAAGGUGGACAAGAUGCCACCAAGAAGAGGCACCGAUGCCCCUACUGUGUCUACUCCACUGCUAGGAAAGAUCAUUUGAAAAAGCACAUAAGAGUGCACACCGGGGAAAAGCCCUUUGCCUGCGCGCACUGUCCCUACCGCUCCUCACAGAAAUAUAACCUUAAGAGUCACGAGUUCACCCAUAAGCUGUAA